GGAUGCUGAGCCUGGCUCUGGGAAGGCGGCUCCAGCCACUGCUUCCAGCUCCGCAUCCCGGCUGGGCAGGUAGGGGAGAAGGAGCCGGCAGCAGAGCCCUUGUGCCAUCCCCCGUCCUGUGCCACCCCUCCGGCCACCUCAGGUCCCCCCAAGGAGCGUGGUGGCCCUGCCCGGGGGCUCCGGGAGGGCAGGUGACCGAGGAUGCUGUGCUAGGAGAUGCCGAUGGUGCUCACCCUGCUCGUCUCCCUGUAUAAACUGUGCCGGUUCUUCGCCAUGUCGGGUGCGGAGCGGCUGGAGGUGCCGGAGUGCGUGAACCAGGCUGGCAGCUGGGCUGGCAGCUCCAGGGACCACCGGGAGGUAUCCCCCGGGGUGAACACGGAUGUACGGGCAGCCCUGGACCGCAUCCUGCCCACCCUGCACCGGGCCAUCGCCCAUGCCAAGCAGGCAGCCAGCCCCGCGGAGCUGAGCAGGGCCAUCGCCGAGGUGUUCCAGCUGGUGGAGGAAGCGUGGGGGAUGCCCACGCUGGGGAGGGACGUGGCCAAAGUGCUGUGUGAUGUGAUCCGCCUGGAGGGGGGCCUGGACCUGCUGCUGAACCUGCUGUACACGGCGGAGCUGGAGACCAAGUGUCAGGCAGGAAAACUCCUGGAGCAGAUCCUGGUGGCAGAAAAUAGGGACCGGAUCGCUCGCAUCGGUCUGGGAGUGAUUCUGAACUUAGCCAAGGAGCGGGAUGUUCCCCAGCUGGCCCAGAGCGUCUCUGGCAUCCUGGAGCACAUGUUCAAACACACCGAGGAGACCUGUUUCCAGCUCAUCUCGGAUGGAGGCCUGGAUGCUAUCCUCUACUGGUGCCGCUGGACGGACCCCGUCGUGCUGCGGCACUGCGCCAUGGCCUUGGCCAACUGCGCCAUGUAUGGAGGGCAGGCCAACCAGCGCCUCAUGAUCGAGAAGAGGACAGCAGAGUGGCUUUUCCCGCUGGUGUUCUCCAGAGAUGAUGAACUGAUCCGCCUGCACGCGUGCCUGGCCAUUGCGGUGCUGGCCACCAACAAGGAAAUCGAGAAGGAGGUGGAGCGCUCGGGGACGUUGGCUCUGGUGGAGCCGUUCAUCGCCUCGCUGGACCCGGAGCAGUUCGCCUCUGAGAUGCUGGGCAGCAGCGACAACAGCCAGGGGAGGACAGCAGAUGACCUGCAGAGGCUGGUGCCUUUGCUGGACAGCUCGAGGCUGGAAGCACAGUGCAUCGCUGCCUUCUACCUCUGCACGGAGGCUGCCAUCAAAACCAGGCAGAAGAAAACAAAGAUCUUCAGUGAGAUUGGGGCUACUCAGAGCCUGAAGAGGAUAGUGUGCUACUCCACCAGCAGCACCAUCUCCUCCCUGGCCAAGAAGGUGCUGCGCAUGAUAGGGGAGGAGGUUCCUCGGCGCAUCCUGCCCACGGUUCCCAACUGGAAGCCCUGCGAGGUGCAGAAGUGGCUGCAGCAGAUCGGAUUCAACAGUUACUGCCAGAGGUUCCUGGACCACCAGGUGGAUGGGGACAUUCUCCUGAGGUUGACGGAGCAGGAGCUGCAGGAGGAUUUGGGGAUGGACUCCAGCAUCACUCGGAAAAGGUUUUUCCGGGAGCUGAGAGAGCUGAAGACCUUCGCAAACUAUUCCACGUGUGACCACAGCAACCUGGCUGACUGGCUGGGCAGCAUCGACCCCAAGUUCCGUCAGUACACGUACAACCUGCUCACGUGCGGCAUCAACCGCAACUUCCUGCACCGGGUGACAGAGCAGCAGCUGCAGGAGGAUUGUCACAUCAACACCGGCUUCCACCGCGUCCGCAUCCUCACUGCUGCAAGGGAAAUGCUUCACUCCCCUAUAACGCUGCAAACGGCAUCCGAUGGUACUGAUGUGUUCAUCAGCUACAGGAGGAGCACCGGGUCGCAGCUGGCCAGCCUGCUGAAGGUCCACCUGCAGCUGCACGGCUUCAGCGUGUUCAUCGACGUGGAGAAGCUGGAGGCAGGGAAGUUUGAGGACAAACUGACCCAGAGUGUCAUGAGUGCCCGUAAUUUUGUGCUGGUCCUCUCACCCAAUGCACUGGAUAAAUGCAUGGGAGACCCUGAGUGCAAGGACUGGGUGCACAAGGAGAUUGUGACAGCCCUGAACUCUGGAAAGAACAUUGUACCUGUUACAGACCAUUUUGAGUGGCCGGAUCCAGAAACACUUCCCAAGGACAUGAGGGCUGUCCUGAAAUUUAAUGGUAUCAAGUGGUCCCACGAGUACCAGGAGGCCACAAUCGACAAAAUCAUCCGCUUUCUCCAGGGCCGUUCCUCGCGGGACUCCUCGGCUGGGUCGGAGAACGGCCUGGACUGCUUGUCCUCCGUGGGGCAGACCUAGAACCACCACAGCUGCCUCAGAGACUUCCCAGCUGACCCCUUUUUAUGUGGGGCCAGAUUUAUCCCUCUAUUUUUCCCUAUCUUAGUACCCUGGCUUGAGACAAGGCCUGUGGCCCAUUAGCCCCCCCUUUGCCCUCCAAAUGCAAGCCUUUGGCACUAAAAGACCAGUACUCACAUGGUGCCUGGUGAGCCAAGCUAAGGUGGACUCUGGGAUGGAUGAGUUGUCUUCCACAUCCUCCCUUGGGAAGGCAGGACACACAGGCUAUACCUCCUGCAGUGCUGGGGGUGCAAGGAAAACAUGUCUGAAGGGAAAGAGAAACAUGUCCAAAGAGAAAAGAUCUUUCAAGGAACCAAAACUUGGGAACUGGUGAGGGAUACAUCACAAGAGGACACACAGGAGAGAAGAGCACUUGAAAUGGUCCCUAAGCAUCGUAUGGCCUCUGCUGUGUGCUGUGGGAAUAUCAUGGUCAGAAGCCAAGAGCAGGAAAGGGCAAAUAAAAGCUAAGCCCUAACAAAAUCCCUGUGUUUGGCAAAGAUAACACACAGAGACCUUCUCAACUGCACAGCUGCAGCUUUCUCUUUGCCAGUGAUGUCCCUUUAUCAACUGAGCUCACUCCCUCCUUGAGGGCCUUCCCCUCCUAAUGCUGCAAAGGCACUUUGUGUUCUUAACUCUGGCAAUGGAAGUUUGGGAUUAUGACAAGUUGGUCUUUUCAGACAACAGAUUAUGUGAAGUUUCUGCAGGACCUUUGCACAAAGUGCUUGUUAAACAACCCCUUCCCACCAUCUGGUGCCUCUGCUUUACCACGUUAUCAGGUCUAUACUUACAGGGCAUAGGAGGCUGGAUCUCUGGAAAACAUAUCCAUGCAGAUAUGGAAGAUGCCAGUUGCUGUUCUGUACUCGUGGAGUUAACCACUGGCUGUGUUUUAUUCUGUUGGUGCUCCACAGCAGAUCUCCCACGGUCUGUUUCUUCAAACAGGAGCUGGUGUAUCUCUUUGCUGACUACCACCCACCCCUGAGAGCCCUGGCUAAGCUCCUCAGGCUCAGGUUUGUCUCUACUCUCUGCUGGAUUCAACACCAAGUAGCAUUUGUUUGUUUCUACCAAUCUCUCAACACCCACCAGGUCUUUUUGCAGUUACUCACCCUGAAAUAGCAGGAAAGAUGCAAAAAGCUGAUGCAAAGGGCAGAUGAAGGCUGCACGGUGUGAACACCGGCUGCAAGGUGUGAACAUCAACUGGGAGGGGGACUAACACCCAGAUGAGGAACCAGGGGCACCCUGACACACCUCCCCAAGUUCUGCCCUCCCAGCUCUACCCUGCUUCUCCUGCUUGCUUUGGAGGGUGAGAGGCUCUCAACAACAUAGGACCAGAAAUUGCAGCUCCUACCUGAGUUUGUCUUUUCUGAUACAAAGGGAAUAAUGCAAAAAGACGUCCUUGUUCAGAGCAUUCACAGGAGGAAGAUAAAGCCACAGCCAGGGAACGCCAGCCUGCCCUGAUGCUCUGCAGACCAGGCUGAUGUGCCACUCUAAGAAGCAGCAAGGUUUUCUGACUAUCCCUGCUCAAGGUAACUCCACUCUUUCAGGAGGUAAUGAGGAGCCUGAGCCACCCUGUCCUUCUCCUGGCUCUCCCUGAAGCCUUGCUGCCUGCCUUAACCAGGAACACAAACCCAUUUUCUUUUGGCAUAGAUCCAUGGACAUUUGAGGGACAAAAAAAGAAGUUAAAUUCUGGUGCUUAAUCACAGCUUUAUGGAUAGUUCUUAUCAGCUCACAGUUAAUGGCAUCUUUGCUCUCCAGUGAAAGGUUAAUAGCUGUGUCUGCCCAGCAUUCAUCACAAAUAGAAUCUAUCUAAUCUCUAGAUUAAACACAAGGAAGACAAGAGAUGAGCCCAAAGGUGAAUCUGCCAAAGGAUUAAAGCCCAUUGUGAGCUGCUUGAGGGAAAACUGUGAGUACGGAUUGAUUGUCAAGGCCUCCAUCGAUACUGAAGGAGUCCCACACAAAGUCUUCCCCACAGUAAUACACAGUAAGAUCGUUGUGUCUUGUUUCCCAGGAGCUCUCUAGCAAUCCUCCUCAUCCACCAUUCAAGAUAAGAUUUACUUUUCUCUACAGCUUGGCUGUCACCUGCAGUGAGAUCCCAUCUCGUGCUCCAGCUGCCCCGACUGUGACUCUUCCUGUUUCCCCACCUUUCCGUUAUCCUCACCUUAAGGAACUCACCCUGCUCUUGACAAAACAUCCCAUACCCAGCCCCUUCCAGCUGGAGCAGUCUCAAGGAGGCAAGUUCUUCUGUUCCCACCUUUCCCCAUUUCUUUGCUGUGUCACGUCAGAAAGUGUUUAGAGUUGUUCUAUCAAACAUUAUUAAUAAAUCUGGUUUAUACUCAAAA